UUGAUCCUAGGAAGAAGGUUGUUUCGUUGUAAUGUGCCAGAGACACAAUUUUGUGACAGAGGGCAAUAAUUUUAGUGGAUUUUACUUGAUUUUUAACCGUUGCAAUUAUUUUCUCCAGUUUUUAUUGAGGCACAAAAGUAACAGUGCCAUCCAUUAGAUACUCACAAAGUGCCCGUAUGACAAAUCUUGUAGAGCAGUGUUUUUAGAAGUAGAAUGUAACAAUAUAUGGCGAUCGUCAAAAAUAGAUAGCUUGGCCUUAUUCCUGUCAAAGACAGAUUAGGAAAGACAAUCUGUGGUAUCAUGGUGUGUAAAAAGCAAUUAUGUGACUGGUUCAGCAAUUUGAGUGCUCACAAAAGGAUUGAAUACAUCUGUGCAUUAAUGCAAUUAUUUCAUCCUUUGGAGCUGAGGUUUUUUGGUUCAGUUUUAGAGGACCUCGGCAAGAAGAAUUUCUUGUCUUUAAGAGAUGCAGAAACUCAGGCAAACAGUGUCACAAAUCUGGGAAAAUUAAAUGACUUGUCACAAAUUUUGAUAUCAUUAACUUUACUUCACUCUUCGAACUCUAGGUGUUCAAAUGUCCUCUAUGAUGUGUUGCAGUCAUAUCUCCAAAGAUGUUUUAACAGGAUUUUGUCAAAAGAACCAGAGGCAUUCACUGAUUUGAUGACAAUGUUGACAAUUGCUGUCAAUCAUCCUGCUUUUAGUUAUGAACAGAGGCAGUCAUUAUCUGAAUUCUAUUCGAGAGCCUAUGAUUAUUCUAACAAGAUCGAAGAGGAGAUUGAUCUUGAUCUCACAGUUGAAAAUAACCAAAAUCGGAAGACAGAUAAUGCUAGAAGUCCAUUAAAGCCAGCAAAUGUUUUUCCAAAAGUUUAUAUACGUGGAUUGGAAGUGAAAGAAAAUAAAAAACAUCCUGAUAAUAAAAUCGAGAUAAAAGUUACCUGGUCAGAUGAUACUGUAGAAAAUAUCUUUAAGACACCUAAACAGCUGUAUGAUUUCCAUACAAAGCUUGCAAAUUUUUUUCCUGCAAGUGGAGACCAUGAAAAGAGAAUUCCUUAUUUGAGAGUUAAUAAUUUUAGAGAAGAUAAAGUUGAUAGACAUGUAUUUUAUACCUACAUUCGAAAGUUGAAUAAUUUAUCAAGACAUAUAUUAGAUUGUGAUCAUGUGGUCGAGUUCUUCAAGGGGGAUCAUCCUGCCAAGUUGGUGAAAAAUCUUUCACCAAAAUCAACGUAUUGUCCUUCGUCAUCACCUUCUAAUCUGUCAGGAGAAGAAGAAGAUGCAAUUCCUCCUUUUCCUCUUACAUCUCUCACUUUUCUCAAUUCACAACUUCCUGUAUGUUCAAAUGUAGGAAAAGAGAUGAAUAUACCUGUUACUGCUUUACCACCCAAUAGACAAUUUAUUGGUCCAACUGUGCUGACUGCUCGAACAGAAUCCCCUUCUCAGUCUCCCCCUUCAUCAUCGACUGAAUCCCCUCACAAUAGUCCAUCGGCUUCACCCUUAUCUCAAACAUCGGAAAUGACAUCUGAUACUCAACCGUUAUUCAGUUUGGAUGAAAACCCAGAUCAACUCAGUAACUAUACAGUCAAACAGCUUACGUGUAUGAAAGAUGAAGAUCUUGUCAAAACUGAUUUACCAAGAGAUGCUCAGAAAAAAUUGAGGAACAGAAUAACAGAACAUUUUGGCAAUGAUAAACCAAAUGGAUUAGUUGAACCUCAGUUUACAGUUGCCAACAUAAUACCAUUGGUCCCACCACCUGUGGGUCGUUACCCCGCCCACUUUACUCACCCACCACCUCUCCACAACUUCAUACAUCAUUUCCAAAACAUGCCAAAUAGCCGUGAUAAUUCUCCAAGUAAUUCGGAACCGUCUAGUCCACCCACAAGCCCCCACCUUAAUCAGGCAUCAAAUCUUGUCAAAUCAUCCAGCAAUAUGGGAUCACAAGAUAAAAUACACAGAGAUGAUAAGGAAUUUAGUCAAACUGGUAGUUUACCAAGAACAGGUGUUAAACACUCUCAAGGAGGAGGUUCAGUGAAAUACCCUGUUCAUAACAUAAAACCGGACGGAUUACUUCCUCAGCCUACCAUAAUCCCAAUGAACGUUCCCGAAUCUAGUCACGAUUUACAAGGCUUAUUAAAUCAAAAUGGCUACCAAUCUGAUAACCCACCAGCAAUGUCGCCAGCUGUUCGACCUGAAAUGUUGAAUAUACAAGUUCGACCAUAUUCUGGAAAACAGCCACAUCCUAAUAUGGGAUAUUCACAGCAGAAGUUAGUUAUGAUGCCAGCAGAAAAGCAAGGAAAUGCAAUGGCACCUUCGAUGGUUUAUCCAAUGCCCACGUCUGUCUUUUCAAGCAUGAUGGACAAUCAAACACGACCCUUCAUGAACCAACCAGGAAUAUUAGGUCAUCCACCAAAUUUAGGAAGCUCAAGACCAGGUUUCACAAGUGUCUCAAACGCGACAACGAUGACGAUAUCAGGAGGACCAAGAACCUCUCUUACACCAACACCCCCUAUGGCUGGCAAUACAGGAACUAAAUCCCCUAAUAACAGUGCGUCAAACUUAGUGAACAGUUCAUCAGAUCCCAAUCAACCCAAUCACGAACAGACUAAUUCACCAUCUCCGUUACAAAUGAAUAAUCCUGCUAAUACAACAGUGCCUUGUUCUGCUGGUCCAGUGGCUCAUAAUCAUCAGCCGUGUAGUGCAUGUGGCUCACCACGCCCACCUAACUGGCCGAUACCUGGACUCCUACCCACUUCUAACGGUUACAUGCAAACUAUUCCUUCCAUACCCCACCCAUACCAAGCACAUAUGCAUCCACAGACAUUUCCUAACGGAAUGAAUCCUGAACUUUUUUUUAAUUCCAUGCCAGUGCCACUGUUUUAUAAUCAUCCAAUGCCUCCAUUUUUGUACGGCAAUAACAUGUACCCAGGUGUAGCUAAUAAUGUACCAAAGAAGACAUUUUGUCAUAAUUGUGGGUCCAGUAGUCAUAAAGGAGCAGAUUGUAAAGAAAGCACUAUGGAGAGUAUGUCUGGUCAUUAUCACUUAAAUUACAAAAUGAAAUCUGAUUCCGACUGACCUAAAUAAACCUAGGAUAUUGGAAUAACAUGGCGAGAUAUUAACGAUUCUGGUAUCCUAGGAAACGAAUUGGAAACUUUGUUUGAUAUUUAACAUCACAUGACUUUAUAUCAACUAAUGUUUUACUCUCUGCUGAAGAGGCAAGGAAGUGUUCAAAUGUAAAUAGGUGUGAAAUAUUUAUAAAGAAAGUUUCUGUAUAUUGUGAUAAAAAAGAUGAAUAUUUCCUUUGUUACAAUUGUUAUGGAUGCAUAGUAACAGUAUUGAAGGUCAGAGUUCAUUUGUCAUUGAAUAUGAUUACUCUGAAUAUUUACAUGGUGCACAGAAUCAAGAAAUGUUUUAAUGUUUUUUUUAACAGCUGUCAUUUGUAGCUGGAUAAUUUCUACUGGAGAGAUUUGUUUUCUCAAGGAAAUUAUUAAAUCAUGAAUGAGAAAAGUGUAAGAAAUGCAUGAUUUUUGAAAUCAGUGAUUUUAUGAUCAGGAAAAAGCCAUAAUAGGUAAAAGAGAUGGUAGUGAGAUUAUUUUGUCAUCAAAAAUCCCAAUAAUACUUAAAAAAUCGGAAAACAAAGAAAUUUUGUUUUAAAGUGAGAACAAUUGUAAUUUUAUGAAUUGCUGUCGGAAAUGUUUUGAUUGUUGGUGUAUUUGGAAAUAGUGGCAUGUGUAUUUAUAAAAGACUGAGAAUAAAAAAGAAAGUACCCCUAACUAACUUAUUGCAGCUAAGUGCUCGAGUACUGAUCUCUGCGUGUUGAUUGUUUGUGCUGUUAUGUAUAUAUAGGGCUAUUUUUUAAUUUGCAUUUUAUAUGCGCAGAUAUUUAUCAAUUGAAAUAACGGAGUAGAAGCACAUCUAUGUAAAAGAUCUAAUGAAAUUGUGUUAAUAAAAUAUUCUUAUGUUAUUACGCAGCAAUAGAGCAUACAUCCCAACAUGCAUAGCAUCAAUAGUGCGUAGGAGGAUUAUUGACUAAGUUGCUCCUUCCAAUACAAAGGUGGGCAAUUCAUCAAUUAUUCUUCGAUUAAAACUCGAUGUGGCUCAGUAUUUGUGAUAAUCUUGUAUAUUUAUUAAAGUUCCUAAUCAAAUAUGGUCGAUUUGGUUUUAGUUGCCAAAUCUUGGAAGUGCUAUGAACAUAUAUUAAAACGUACAUGCCCUUAGACUGAUUGACAAACACUUUAUUUAGUUCAGAUGUAUUUUGUCAUUGUAGUUUGCUAUUAUAUAGCAGGAUAAAGUGUUUGUGAAUACGGCCCAUUUCUACAUAUGAUGAUAACUUGAGGGGAACACUAGUUGAAAAUCUUUUUAAAAAAUGAAUUGAUUAGUUUUCCUGGAUGGAUUAUUUAUUCUUUUUUAAAUGGAUAAAAGAUGUCAGUGUAUUCAAGAUGACUGCCAUUCUUAUAAUAUACAUUGAAAAUAUUAAGGAAAGAUGUUAUUUGGAGGAGAGGAUUAGUAUAUAAACACUCACUGGUUCAAUUAACAAAGAAAUUUUUUUUUUCAACUAGUGUCCCCUGAAUGUAGCAUAACUGUGUAUAUUUUAAAACAUAUCUUAUGUACAUGUCAAAUUUUGUAUCUCUCUUAAACAAUAAACCACAUUGAAAUAAUCUUAUUAAAGGACAAUUGUCACAUAUUUUCAACAAUAUAGUUUCGUUGAAAAAUCUCCUUUUACGACAAAGAGAAGUAGUUGAGUAAUAACCUUUUACUGCAACGGUUCUCAUAAUUUAUUGCGUUUCACUAAUUCCCGCUUCUUAACAAUUAUCAAAAAACGACAAUACAAUGAAUAUUAUGACCUCUAUUAACAAUUUAUUUCUUCAGGUUUUGCACUUGAAAUUAUGCUUUACUACUCAUCUUGAUUUACCGAAAUUUGUACUUUAUUAAGAAAAAUUAAGUCAUAUUAAGUAUGAAGUUUUAAAACAGAUUGAAAAUAAAAUUUAUUUUAUUAAUUACUUUAGUGAAAGUAUGUUAUUACUUAUGAACUAUCACAAAGGUUUAAAAAAUUGAUA